GUUCAUAAAUAUUCAUGAAAUAUUUAUUAUGAUUGAAAAUGAAUGGUUUCGUCUUAAAAUUUCAAAUGUUUUACGAAUAUUUUGGGCUAUUAGAGUACUAAUACAACUUCUGCACCCCCAAAUUUAUAUAGAAAUACAAAAUGAAGCAUUGUUUGGAGCUAUAAAUUAUUUAUUAAUCAAAGGAAGCGAUACAUGUAUAACAGUUUUAGCAAUAACAACUUUUAUAUCAUACUUAAGUGAAUACAUAAAAAAAUUCUUCCAAUGGGUGCUGCAGAUUGAUGACUUGGAUGACUUAAAUUGUGGAGUAAUUUCUGCAAUAUUAUUUUUUAUGCUAGCUACUCAAUCUGGACUAACAAGGUUAGAUCCAGAAAACCGUUUGAUAAGACUCUUUGAAAUUAUUUGUUUAGUUUGUACUACCCUUCAGCAUCAAAUUCAUGAUAUGGUUAAUAAAUUAUUAAUGUCUUUAGUUGCUUCUCUCAAUACUUCACUUAAAAGGCACGCAAGAGCUCUUUUAGUUUGCGGAUUUCUUAUAGUGUUUGCAGUUACUAUUUUAAUUUACUUGUGGUCUAAUUAUUUAGUUGGUCCUUGGCUACUAUCAGUUAUUGCUUUAAAUAUUGCAACUAUUAUUAAAGUAUUGGUAUCAUUAGCAGUCUAUUCGUUAUUAUUAAUUGAUACUUAUUACUCUAUAAUUUGGGACAAAUUGGAUGAUUAUGUGUUUUAUAUCAAUUCAUUUGGCAAUAUAGUAGAAUUCUGUAUUCGUGUCUUUAUUUUACUGAUUAGUGUUUAUAAUGUGGCUUUUAUAUUUGGUGGUGUAGUUAGUGUAUUCUUGAUACUUACACAAACAUAUUCAACUAUUUAUAAUGCCAGGAAUAAGUGGAAAGAAUUAACUAGACGCAGUACAGCUAUAAAAAAAAUUGAAUCAUUAUCACAAGCAACUAGUACUCAAUUGUCUGAAUUUAAUGAUGUUUGUGCCAUAUGUCAUGAAAAUAUGAAUUCAGCUAGAAUAACUAAAUGUAAUCAUUAUUUUCAUGGCGAAUGUCUGCGUAAAUGGUUCUAUGAUAAUGAUCAUUGUCCGAUGUGCUAUACUAUUUCAGAGUAGAAUAUAUAAAAAUACAGACACUGGAUACAAUUACACUGGAUACAAUUUAUUUUCAAGAUUUUAAAAAUAAU